UGCUGCCAGGCAGAUGCCUGCAGGGCAGAGGCCAGCUCCAGCUGAACUGAUGCAUCUGGGCACCUGAUACCAGGCUCAGAGCUUCUGCCAUGAGGAAAGACAUCGAGGCCCUGAGAGCCCAGGAGAAGGAGGAGAUCGUGGCCAAGUAUGAGAAGGGCAGGCAGCAGGGAGCUCACAUCGACCCUUGGGAAGAUGCUGACUUCACCCUCUACAAAGUCACAGACCGCCUGGGCUUCCUCCACGAGCAGGAGCUGCCCACCCGCACUGCCCUGGAGGAGAAGCACAAGCAGCAGGAGCUGGAGCGUGUGGACAAGUGGCUGAAGAUGCUGAAGAAGUGGGGGAAGUACAGGAGCAGUGACAAGAUGUGCCGCCGCGUCUACAAGGGGAUCCCGCUGCAGGUGCGGGGCCAGGUCUGGGCUCUGCUGCUGGAUGUGGAGAGGAUGAAGAAGGAGAACGAAGGGAAGUACGAGCAAAUGAAGGAGCAGGCCAAGAGCCUCUCCUCGGAGAUCAAACAGAUCGACCUGGACGUGAACAGAACCUUCCGCAACCACAUCAUGUUCCGGGAGCGCUACGGCCUCAAGCAGCAGGCUCUCUUCCACGUCCUGACAGCUUACUCCGUGUACAACACUGAGGUGAGCUACUGCCAAGGCAUGAGCCAGAUUGCAGCCAUCCUGCUGAUGUACCUCAACGAGGAGGAUGCCUUCUGGGCCCUGGCACAGCUCCUCACCAACCAGCGGCACGCCAUGCACGGAUUUUUCAUCCCUGGCUUCCCAAAGCUGCAGAGAUUCCAGGCCCACCAUGAGCAGAUCCUCAGCAAGCUGUUCCCCAAGCUGAAGAAGCACCUGGACAAGGAGCAGAUGACCACAGGGAUUUACACCACCAAGUGGUUCCUGCAGUGCUUCAUCGACAGGACUCCCUUCACCCUCACCCUGCGCCUCUGGGACAUCUACAUCCUGGAAGGGGAGCGAGUGCUGACUGCCAUGGCCUACACCAUCCUCAAACUGCACAAGAAGCGCCUGCUGAGGAUGAGCCUGGAGGAGCUGCGGGAGUUCCUGCAGGAGCGCAUCGCCGGCUCGCUGCACUACGAGGACGACGCAGUCAUCGAGCAGCUGCAGCUCUCCAUGGCCGAGCUGCGCCGCAUCAAGUGCGACCUGCCCCCCCCAGCAAAGCCUGAGGAGUUCCCACGCAAGCCUCUGGGGCUGGAGCUCUCCCUCAGCCCCGUGGCCAGGAAGGGCACCGCGGCGGCCAACGGCCAGAACGGCCUCCUGGGCGAGCAGCCGGAGCACAGAGGCCCCGGGGCGGCGGCGGGAGCCCCUCGGCGGGACAGCGAGGCAGCCGGAGCCGUGGACGCGGCCGCCCCGCUGCGGCCCGCGGCCGGGGCAGCGGCGGGGCGGGAGGGGCAGCCGCAGCCCGGCGAGGCCCAGACCCAUCCCCACCUCCUGCCCGCCGCCCUGCCGCCGCAGCGGCCUCUGCUCCCCGCCAGCCCCGCCGGGGGGCGCCCUGCCCCGGGGUCCCUCCCCGCGCCGGCCGGAGACUCGGACUCCUCUCUCCAGAGCGCCUCCAGCCCUCCCGACCGGAGCCCUGCGGAGCCUCCUGCCGCGGAGCCCGGCCCUGCUGCCCUGCCGGCCCCCCGGCCGGCCCCUUCCCCCUGCCCGGGGCAAGGCCUUCGUGCGCCCCAGGGGCACCCUCGCCCUCUGCCGGGCUGCCAGCCGUGCCCCUCCGCUCCCCCGCGGCAGGGCGGCGAGGAGGCAGCGGUGCCCCACAGAAGGGACUGGCAGCACUUGGCAUCCAAAGCUGCAUCCACGGGGGAGCUCAGCAGCCUGCAGCGGAGCCCCCUGCUGCCGCAAGGCUUGGGGGGCAGUGUGCCCCUGCUGGCGGGCAGCCAGGCGGGGGCGGCGGGGCCGGCGCCGGGCAGCCCCGACCGGCGGGCGGCGUCCCCUGGCAGGCAGGGGAGCAGCCCCUACGCCCUCAUCACGACCACCACCCCCCUCCACCUGGCACACGCCACGGAGCAGGACUUCUCCAACAGAAAGCAGGUGGCGCUGCCUCUGCCAGAGACUGGGCAGCCCCUGCCUGCCGCCUCCAUGCCACCAGCCCUGGCACCGGAUGCCCCUGGGAGCCUCCAGAAAGCCUUCCCUGCACUGAGAGCCCCACGGCCGCCCCUGAGCCCCAAGCCCAAGCUGCCGCCGACGGUGCCCAAGUCCCAGUCCGAGAACAGCUUCCCACCAGCCUCCCCUGCCCUGCCCAAGCUGCCCAAGUCGGUCACCUUCUAGCGGGGCCGCGGGCA